GCCGCCGUCCCCGCGCAUCACGUGGGUGACGCCUCUGCCAGGAGCGGCCGCGUAGGGCGGAAGAGGAGGGGGGUCGCGGGGCCCGGCGGCAUGGAGGGGACGCUGGAGCAGCACCUGGAGGACACCAUGAAGAGCCCGGCCGUGGUGGGCGUCCUGUGCACCGACUCUCAGGGGCUCAACCUGGGCUGCCGAGGAACCCUCUCCGAUGAGCACGCUGGCGUCAUCUCCGUCCUCGCCCAGCAGGCAGCCAAGCUCACCUCUGACCCCACUGAUACGCCUGUGGUGUGCCUGGAGUCGGACAGCGGGAAUAUCAUGAUCCAGAAACACGACAGCAUCACCGUAGCAGUGCACAAGCUAGCAUCCUGACGUCGGGAACCUGUGCAGCGCUCCACUCCCACCUCCAGCCCAGCUCCGCCUCACUGGACAACCACUUUCCUCUGCUGCUGCAGCGCAGAACGUGCUUGUAGUACCAAACCUGGGCUGAAGGCUCUCCCUUUCCACUUAACGGCUCCUGUGCAGCUAUCAGGGUCUCCCAACUCACAUUUUAGCACUUGUGCUGCUGAGGAUGAAAUGUGGGUCACUCACCAAGCUCGUGUAAUGAUCAGAUACGAGGGGUGUGUGUGUGCAUGGCCUUCUUUGUUGGAGAAAUCAAUAAAUGACCUGCAAAAACA